GUGUUGGUUUUGGUUUAUGUGUUGGCAUUUUGAGUUGUGUCGUUAAUGCAGUGUUUGUACACGUAUGUGAACGUUUCAAGGUCAGUGUUGAGCUGUGUUUCUGUGGUGUCACACGGUGUUAAAUGUUGUGAGAAGAAUAGAAUGAACCUCGAUUUAAAAAAUGUAAUGAUAAAUGAUUGUAUCUGAGUUGAGGGCAAGCGGCCGGGUAGGAAUUAUUGCUUGCAUAUACAAGUAAUUUAAACGCAUCAGAAGCGACUCCCAUCAAAGCUUUAACUAUGUGAUUGUGUACCCGUAAAUAUUUUAAUAUUCGUUAAUUAUAUCAGUCAGCCUUUCUGAGAGAGCAAAUCGCGUUCGAAAUCUCGCUUAAAAUUACAUAAAAUAAAAUAUUACUACACCUGAAACAUUGAAAAUCCGUUCCCCCGAAACAAAUGAGUGAAAAUGUCCACCGAUCCCCCGCUCAAACCAAUGCUAAAACAACAAUAACAAUAAACAAAGGAGCAGCACUGCCAAACACCAGCAAUGAGCCACCACCGCCGCCCAUAUCCGCUUCCACAAAAGCGUCUGCAGCUGCCAAAUUUAUGAUUUCUACGCCAACACCCACGCCCACGUCCAAAGACAACGCGCGAACUGCCAAAACAAGUAGCAGCAGCAGCAGCAAAGAAACCAAAAAGUCGCAAAUUAUGGCUGUUGCUGCACCCUUAGUCGGUGCUAAUGCAUCCAUUGCGCUGGACAAUUCACCGCCAAUGGUGCCAGUACCCGUGGCCGCGUUUGGCAAAUCCCCACCCAUUGCCGGCACACAAUCGGUAUCACAGCCAGCAUAUCACGUUGCAGCCACACAACUACCCACGGUGCUACCUUCCAGGAUGACGGAAUCCAAGACCAGUCUAUGCUCGCCGGUUUCCUCACCUCUAGGCGGGCGCAAAAAUCGGCCACUCUUGCCGGCGAGUCCCAAGUCCACACCACCGGUCGCACGCAAGAACUAUCAUCUCUCCUACAAUACCGCUACUGGUACAAUAACGUCGCCGAUUUCAAUACCGGCGGUACCGCCACACAUGAUGGCCGCCAUGACGUCUAGCCCGGGUUCGUCUCUGUCGCUAUCCUCGUCGACCUCGUCACCUUCGUCCUCGCCUCCGCCACCUGUGCCAAUGCGUGCGCCCAAAUACAAUUCUAGUGGGAACGUGCACCGAUUGCUAAAUGCGAGCCCGAAAGAUGGUGCGGCGACGCCUUUGAAAGGUUUCAACUGUGGACAUGGCGCCAAGCCAGCCGUUGGCUCACCGAAUAAUCGAACGGGCAGCGGCAUAGGCGUACGUUUACCACCAGAAGCCGCUGCGAGCUCGUCAAAACCUUUGCCUGAGUUCGACUUGGACAAAUUGGUGGCACAACAGAAAGAACUGGAGAAGCAGACAGCGGCUGUAAAAAUGGAUGCAAACAUUUACGAUGCAGAGAUUGAAAUGAUGAAUAAAUAUCUCAAAAGUCUACCCGAUUACACUGAGCUCGAUAAGAAAUUGCAUAAGGAAUUUCAAGAGUGCGAAGACUUAUACGAUCGCUUAAAACGUCGGCAGGCACCCGUUUCUAAGUCAAACUCCCGCCAAAGCGUCAUAAUACCCGCGCAAAGUGACCAACAAUCGCCAAGUAAUUACUUCGAACCGGUCAACAAUUUAACUAAGUCAUCAUCUAUAAAUUUCGGUAAUCCUCUUCCCUCGUUGCAAAGUGCACAAUCAACUACAGCCGCCAACCGCUCACGGCUGGCAUACCCGUCGAUUUUCGCUUCACUCGGUCAGCAACAAAUGCCUAAACUACAACGCAGCACCUCAAGUAACAGCAUGCCGUACUCGAACCAGCCACAAUAUGCUGGCAUCCAAGGAUUUAUGUCAUCUGGUGGCUUGCCACAAUCGAGCCAAUUGUCGGCACAGCAGAAGGACUCAGCCACCAACGGCUCGAACCUUUCAAUUAACAAACAGCUCAUGAAUGAUUUCUGGACGGAGAAUCUCGCCUCUUCACAGAAGCAUCAAACUCCAAAGCGUUCUAUAUGGAACUAUGAAAAGAUCUGUGCGCCUACGGUGAAUACAGUAGGAGCCGCGGGUGCGCCACUAAAAGUGGAUGCACAAACAGCGAAAAAGCUCGCCAUAUUCGAUCCAACUGUUGCAGAAGCAGCACAAAAAGAACUCCAAAAGCCAAAUAAACUGCAAAAGAACGCAUCACUCUCGCAUUUGGAUAUGAAGGUGCGGCAGGCCGUUACCAAAGAGGAUCUUUACAAGCUAAUAUGCAAUGAAAAUUCUCCCACCAAUCCCACGGCGCCCACAAGCUUCGUCAGUAAAGUGCCCGUGAAGAUAAAUACACAACAGUCAACACCACAGGUGCAGCCGCCGCCACAACAACUAACUCAAUUGGCGCCAUUGAACAAAAGCGUUUCACUCUCACACGUGCCCUCUGGGCUGAUCUCCACACACGCGAACUCUGGGAAAACGCAAACACAAGCACAAUUCCCUGCACCGACAUCAAAUAAUCUGACGCGUUCAUCGAGUCGCACACACAUACCCUGCUACAUGAAACAUUUGCCUGCUCUGAGUCGCAGCACAUCAAACACGGCCAUUCUGCUACCCGCGUCCCAAGCAGCAGCUCCGCCGCCAACCGCUGCGAAGCAGAUUAGUCAGCCCAAAGCGCUAAUGACCAGUUCGGCAACAACGUUGGUCACGCCGAUAGCAGGAACGAAUCCACCCGGUGGUUUACUUAAGAGCUCUUCGAGUUCAAGUGUUUUUGGCGUUGGAGCGGCAGCUAAAUAUAGUCCAUUCUAUAUGCAGCAGCAACAUCAACAACAACAGCGGCCCAUUGCCGGUGAGUCAUCAUCCCAAACUAUGCUAGCAGCCGCUGCGGCCACACUGACACCGGCCAAAACUUCAGCCACCACCCCACUUGCGCCUGCAAUGACAACUUCUUUGGUGGCUCCAAGUGAGAAACCGAAAUCGGCGCUGAGUGAUGAGUUGAUGAUACGGCAGAAGCAGUCACAAGCGCUGGCACAAGUGCACCAGCAACAACACAAGAAAACAGAAAAACCACAGCCGGAAAGUAAACAACAACAGACGCAGACGCAGCAGCAAGACGCCAAACAGUUGCAAACGCGGCCACAAAAGCAAAAUGUGUCAAGCAACAACGCCAACAUCAAAGUGGCGUGCGCUGCGUUGAGUAAAGAGUCUGGAACUGCUGUGACAGUUGCCGCGAGUGCAGCUGAUGUUGGAGCGGCCGCCGUCGUCACCACUACACCGUCAUCGUCUGAUCGCAAAUCGGAAAAGAGUAACAGCACGAUCAGCACGAGUAGUGUUACAACAACGAAUUGCUGCGCCACACAUUUGCCGCAAUUGUCGAAAUUCACAUCAUCAUUUCACAUACCGUCGGCCGAUGCCAAGACAGGCCAACAGCAGCAACAGGCAAAGCAAACCCCCAGCAGUGGUGGCAGCGCAAUGAGCGGCACUGCAGUUGUACAUAGUAGCGGUGAGACGAGCUACAAAGUGAACAAAACGCAAAGUAGUGCCAAUUUGGAAUUGACGAAGCGUCAAAAGGAUGCGGAUAAUAAGAUCGAGAAAUGUUUGAAUGAAAUGAUGAAAAUCGGCAGCAGCAACAACAACAGCGACAGUAGCACUAGCGCCACUGCAACAAGUAACAGUGUGGCACCUUUGAAAGCAGAGCAAGUGACAGCGGCAAUAGCGCGCGUUGUGCCACCAGUCAAACUGACGGAGGCGAAAAUGGCGUCAAACAAUGAAAUUAACACGCCUGCAGCAGUGGGCAGUCCAAAUAGUAAAGUGGCUGAAGGUCAUGUCAACACGAAAGCAUUGUAUCAGCAACAACAACAGCAACAGCCGUUGCCAUUGUCUAAGAAAAGUUACCCCAUAGGCAAGUCGAAUUCCACCUCGCAGAUUCCAUUUGGUUACCAGCGCCAAGUGUUGCAGCCACAAUUGCAACCGCUGCAGCAACAUCAACAGCAACAACAACAACAAUUACACCAGCAGGACUUGCUGCGCCAAAAGAAGCCACAAGCGUUGCAACAACAACAACAACAAAUGGUGGCACCAUCACAACAACACGCCUAUCCGCAACAGAAGCGACCCUUCCUGAAUUGGAAUUCAUUUGCCUGCUCAGCUAUGAGUGGCGCCACUGAUCCGUUCAUGCAACACCAGCAGACGGCGCAUAAUUUGCAGCACGCCGCUUCUGCGACAAGCGUUGGCAAAAAGCUUAUGCAACAGCCAUCCGCACAAGUUCAUCAGCAGCAGCAGCAGCAGCAACAACAGCAACUGCAGCAGCCGAAAAUCGCCACCGGCCUAGCAGCUUUCCUGCAAAAGAACAACACCAAUAAGGAGAAUAAAUAUAUGAGUUCGCAGCAACAACAACAACAAACACAGUAUUUGCCAGGAUUUUUGCCAGCUCAAAAGCAGCAGCAACAACAACAGCAACACCAUCAGCAGCAGCAGCAACAGGCCAAAUACAAUUUCUUGUACGCUCAACAGCAGCAGCAGCAGCAGCCAACCACGCGGCUUGGUGGCAAUGCCUUGGCGCAUUCGGCAUCCUUUAGCACGGCGCAAAGGCCCAAUGGCUUCCAAUUAAUGGGUAGCAGGCCGCAGUUGUUGCCUGGGCAGUACUUCAAUGUGCCAACAGUGCAGCAGCAGCAACAACAACCACAGCCGCAACCAUUGCAAACCGAGCGUAAAGUAUUGCAAACCUUUGAGCCAUAUCUGUACCCGAAGCAGAGCAACUACAGCCUCGGCAGCAUGCAACAGAAACUAUAUCAGCAGCAGCAGCAGCAACAGCAGCAACAUAAUGGCGGUGGUGGUGUUGUUUUGUCGCAACACAACACACAAGCACAACAACAACAGCCAGGCGGCAGCGCUUCAUACCAUGCCGCGCCAUUUCCACUCACACAAUCAGCCUCCACUUCGGCCAUGUGCUUCGAUGCGUACCGACCGUUGGCGCCGAACCAAGUUGCCGUUGCUGGACAUCAGCAACAAGUGCUAAUGCAACAGCAACAAAGUAAUUCAGUUAUUUUAAAUCAAUCACAAAAUCAAAUGUCCAAAUCCGCACUAGCACUACACUAUAUCGAGACAGCAAAGCCCGUCAUACAAGAUGAUGCUGAUGGCCACUUGAUAUAUCACAACGGCGAUAUACUUCAUCACAGAUAUAAAAUCAUGGCAACUCUGGGCGAGGGUACGUUUGGACGCGUUGUCAAGGUCAAGGACAUGGAGAGGGACUUCUGCAUGGCCUUGAAGAUUAUAAAAAAUGUGGAGAAAUAUCGUGAAGCUGCCAAGCUAGAAAUUAACGCUUUGGAAAAGAUCGCCCAAAAAGAUCCACAUUGUGAACAUUUGUGUGUAAAAAUGAUUGAUUGGUUCGACUACCAUGGUCACAUGUGCAUCGUUUUCGAGAUGUUAGGUUUAAGUGUGUUCGAUUUCUUGCGCGAGAACAACUAUGAACCAUAUCCAUUGGAACAAGUACGACACAUGGCCUAUCAAUUAUGUUACUCUGUGAAAUUUUUACAUGAAAAUCGCUUAACGCACACCGACCUCAAGCCUGAAAAUAUACUCUUUGUCGAUUCGGAGUAUACAACGCAUUAUAAUCACAAAAUUAAUCGCGAAGUGCGUCGCGUCAAAAACACCGAUGUUCGUCUCAUCGACUUCGGUUCGGCUACAUUCGAUCACGAGCAUCAUAGCACAAUUGUAUCGACACGUCACUACCGUGCACCGGAGGUUAUUCUUGAAUUGGGUUGGUCGCAGCCUUGUGACGUCUGGUCAAUUGGCUGCAUACUCUUCGAAUUGUAUCUGGGCAUAACACUUUUCCAAACGCACGACAAUCGCGAGCACCUCGCAAUGAUGGAGCGUAUUUUGGGUCAAAUACCAUAUCGCAUGGCACGCAAUCAUUGUCAUUACAGUAAAACAAAAACAAAAUACUUCUAUCACGGUAAGUUGGACUGGGAUGAGAAGUCAUCGGCUGGACGCUAUGUACGCGAUCAUUGUAAGCCAUUGUUUAGAUAUCAAAUGAGUGAUACCGAAGAUCAUUGCGAACUCUUUGAUCUGAUUAAGAAAAUGUUGGAAUAUGAACCAUCACAACGGGUGACGUUAGGUGAUGCGCUACGCCACCCAUUCUUCGACAAGCUCCCACCGCACCAACGUGUUGGUGAAGUUGGCAACAACAAGCAGGCCAUUUCUUCGGGUAGCAGCAGCAGUCGCGAACGUUCGCACAGCUUGUCAAGAUGAGAUUUAGCGCGAUUUGGUUAUUGUUAAUUAAAAUUAGAACAUCAACAGUGAACGGCACAGCAGCAGAAGAUGAAUAAGAAGAAGAAGAAGUAGCAGUAGAUGAUGAUGAAGAAACAAUAAACAACAACAAAACCAUCAAUAAACAAACGGAAAAUAUGAUGCAACUAUGAAAGCAGUAUGAAUGGCAAUUCCUAGGCGCAACGCAAGCAGCAUACACAACAACAGGUGCAGCGCAACAACAACAACAACACCAUGUGAAACCAUGAAAGCCACGAGAAAAACAGGCAAAUCAACGCAUCAACGUAAAGCAGCAGCAUCGUCCGUCGUCAACAACAAUUAGAUAGAUAGCAGCGUAAAAUAGGAACAACAUAAUUUGAUAAACUAUAUUAGAAAUACAUACCUGCAAGCAUACAAUAUACAACAACAACAAUAACAAUAGUAUGAAACACAAACAACAAAGAUACACAAAACAGCAACACUUAGAAGAAGAAGAAGAUGAAGAAAAGCAUACUCAGUUAAGAUUUAAGCAACAAUAAUACAAAUCCAAGUAAUAGUCCAGCUACUUUUUAUAAAAGAUUCGUUUUGUUUGCACAACAAAAAUAAUACCUUUUCUAUGAUAAAGAAGCAUAAGAAAAGGAAGACUCGACUCGGAACUAUUUGGAGGCGCGGUACACAAACACAAGAAAAUUGAGCAACAAGAGAAGGAAAACAUUUUUCGCGCGCACUCACACACACACACACAUACGAACACAGAGAAACGGCAACGCAUCCAUAUUUGUUUGCUUUGUUCGCUUUUGUGAGAAUAUUUUCUUCAAACUUUUCAAUUUACAAAGUUACAUAAAAAUUAUGUGAUUUACUUUCGAGCAUCACCCACGCAUGUACCCACAUACACGCGCCGCGCACAUAUCUACACUCUAUUACACUCUUACAUAUAUAUUUUGUAUUUUCCCCCUUUGUAAUCAUGUGCGAAUUUCAAUGAAAUUUUCUGCCAUUUUGCCAUUGCUGUGCGCCAGUUUGUGUGUGUGUGCAAAAAUCAGCAGGAAUCAAGCAAUAAGCGCCAGCAAAUUAUUUUUACAAUUAAUAUUUGUAAUAUUUAAUACAAAAGAAAAAAGAAAAUAGAGAGAAAAAAAUAACGAAGUUUCCUUGAUUUGUUACGUCUGACGCAAAACCUCACUUUGAAGCCGGAACAAUUAAUAAAAUACUAUUUUGCGCAAAUAAUUGCAAACACCGCAAAUUUUUCAUGUUUCAUGUUUUUACAUGCAAAAAAUUUGUUUGGUCUUUAUUUAACAGAAAAUUGGCGCUCAACUAUUUGUGUUGGGUACGUGAAAGUCAUUUUGAAUAUUUGUAGUUUUUUGAUGUUUUUUUU